AUGCUCUUCUUCAGUUUUUUCAAGACGCUCACGAAUCACACGGUCACCAUUGAGCUUAAGAACGAUAUCCGUAUCCGUGGCACUCUCAAAAGCGUCGACCAAUACCUUAAUAUAAAGCUAGAUGAUAUUGAGGUUCUAGACCUAGACCAAUAUCCGCAUCUCUCUAGCGUGAAGAAUAUAUUUGUCAGAGGCAGUGUUGUCCGCUAUGUUGUUUUGCCGCAGGCAGAGGUGGAUCGGGGUUUACUGGAAGAUGCCACCAGGAGAGUAUCAAGCAGGGCGGUGUCGUUUCUGAGCCUUGUGUUUAAUCCGCCGGGAUUCAAGGGAUCUCUGCAUACUCGUAUCAUCUGCGAGUGCAUCGAUCCAACCGGUCUCCCUCCUCGUCUUAAGCAGCAAAUCAAGCAAACAAGGCUCGAUAAAUCUAUCAAAUGA